CGACAUCCGCCAUCGAACGCAGUAUCUUGCAAGACCUCAUCGGUGUUAGUUUCGAAUUUUGCGCGUCGGAAACCCUAGCAGCGUGAAUCUAUCGCGAGAGUGACGCAGUGCCGCAUAGUGUGAAGGUGGAACGACUACAGAUUUUUUCUUCAGUUUCUGGACUGAAAAGUGUGAGAUCAUCCUUUGCAAACGUCGUCGAGAAACCGUGUGGAGUGGUACAAUAAGUUAACUGCAUUACCAGCGGUCUAGUUAUCCUUGGAAAAACGGGAAGGAGCAAGAAGCAGAUUAGGUCAUCAGCGGCCAGACAUAAGGCGCCUCCUUCGAUCGAUUGUGUCUAGCAACUAGCAGCGGAAGGGGAAAAAUGUUCAGCGGAUUCACAGGUAUGUACGGCUCCUCUCUGAAGAGCCUUGGCAGCAAGGCCGAAGGUCUCUUCGAAAAGAAGAAAAAGGAAGCUCAGGAUAUGACCAACGAGAAGGUGCAAACGGCGCAGAGCAUGGCUGAGGAUCAGGCCAAAAAGACGCAGGAUGCCUUCAACCAGACCAAACAGGGAGCAGAGAAUCUUGCCAGUUCGGCCAAGAGUGAGGUCGACGCUACCAAGCAGCAAGCGGCUGCCGUUGCCGAAGGAACUUCUCAGGCUGCUGGUACCCUGAUGGAUCAUGCCAAGCAGGCCACUGAAAAUGCCGUCCAGCAGAGUGCUCAGGUGGUCGAGAAGGCCAUCGAAGACCAAAUGAAGGCUGCCGAAGAGAAAAUUGACGAUGGAAUGAAAACCGUCAGUAACGAAGUUGACAAGAAGCUUCAAGAUGCUAAUAAGUACGCUGAUGAGAAACGUGGAGAAUUGGUACAGAAUGUCAGUGACGCAGCUACGAAGGUCCAGGAAUCGGCUACUUCCACGGCCACCAAUAUGUUGGGUAAAAUUAACCUUGGAAAGUAAAUUGCAAAUUUCGAAUGACCCGUUUCGUCCAGUGUAAACCGAACCACCCCAUGUUUGAACGGAUAACCCAAAUCUGAAUCUCCAACGAUGAUAUUACAUAGAAUGAGAAUCUACCGUCUUAAGAUACCAGCAUGUUUGCCUCUAGGGCACAUUACAGCUUCAUAAUCAACCAACUUUAUUGAACAAGAAAUGUUCCUGUUAAUUCACACAAACCAAUAAAACAAAUCAGCACAAAUGAUUGAAAUUUUUACCGCUUGAAUGCGAAUGCAAGUUCAAAGUAAAUGGCCUUAUACUAUUGAUACAAAUGCGAAUCUCGACAGCUAAAAUAUGCAAUGCAAAAUAUACGUGAUGCAGAAGAUAAAUAGACCGAUAAAAAUGAUACAUAUUUCGCUAAAGCGCAAAUGCCUCGAACAAGUUUUUUGAAUAUUGAAUCACACACACGAAGCAGGUGUGAUUGUUUUUUGCCUUUUGAAAAGUUUAUAAAACAUUAUAAAAGAAUUACUACAAUGAAGAAUUACAACAAAUUUCGCAUUCGCGAACGGAAACCGAAAGCUUUUUGUCACUAUUUACUUUUUUCGAUAAACGUAGGUUUUAGAAUACACACAUCGACUGUCAAAGUGAUGAUAUAUGAUGUUAAUAAAUGUUACCAAACCAA